UUCUGGGAGUGAGGCGACAUGGGGAGAGUUUUGCUUUAGUGGACGUAGGUAGCGGACAGGCCGUCAGGGUUUUCUUCGGAUACUUAGCGAUAGGACCCUUUGCUGGCCGUACUACGAUUUUUUCCCUCCAAACGCACUUCAGAGCGCUCCGCGCCCGGAAAGGCUUGCGGCUUCCACCCGGCCCUGCUCGCGGGUGCCCGCUGCCAUGGCGACCCUGCUGCGAGCUGCCCUGCGCCCUCUCCGCCCGCCCCCCGGGCACCGGGGGCCGGCUGCAGACGUGCUGCUCCGAGGCGUGCGCCAUGGCGCCGGCCAGCUCUACCCUGAGCACAUCCCCACCUCCCCGCUGCAGAAGGUUCUGCUGGCCGCGGGCUCGGCCGGAAUGGCCCUCUACAACCCGUACCGCCACGACAUGGUCGCGGUCCUAGGGGAGACCACAGGACUCCGUGCCCUGAAGGUCCUCAGGGACCAAAUGAAGAGGGAUCCAGAGGGUGCCCAGAUCCUACAGGAGCGUCCGCGGAUCUUACUGUCCACCCUUGACCUGGACAAGCUCCGUAGUCUGCCUGAGGGCUCACUUGGCCAAGAGUAUCUCCGUUUCCUAGAUGUGAAUUUGAGACACAGAGAGCGAAACUGCCAAAGAGCCUGCUGUUGUGGAGCUUCCAUUCUCGCAGAUGGUGAGAACAACAGUCAGCAUGAUAGAGGACGACGAGGCGGGGUCGGAGGCCCAUGUCUGAUGGGGAGGUCACAGGAGGCCCCUCUGAGGAGACUCGGAAGAGGAGGAGGAGCAGAGGGCCUGGCAAGUGCAAGGCCCUGUGUAUUUCAGAACAGGAAAACUGACCAAGGCGGCCACAUAGGAGUCGGGGGGGGGGGGGGGGGCAGCCGGUGGGUGACAGGUCAGACCCUGCCAGCCAUGGGAAGAAGUCUGUAUUUUAUAAUGGGAGCAAUGGGAAGACAUGGAGGGUUUCAACUAGGGUAGUAACAUGACCUGAUUUGUUUUUGUUUUUUUUUUAAUGUUUAUCUUGAGAGCAUAAGAGCGAGUGGGGGAGGGGUGGAGAGAGAGGGAGAGAGAGAAUCCCAACGUGGGGCUCGAUCCCACAAACCGUGAGAUCACAACCUGAGCCAAAACCAAGAGACUAAUGCUCAAGCAACUGAGCCACCUAGGUGCCCCAUGGCCUGAUUUAUAAAAGGGCCUUAGGAUACAGCUAGGCCACCUUCCCUGUCUCAACCCCUCCCUCCCAAAAUACACACAUCCCAUCAAAGCACCUCUGUCAAAUGGCCCUCCAGGUUGCUCUAGAACUAGGCUUCUGAACCUUGGCACUACGGACUUUUGGGCCCACUUAAUUCUUUGUAGGGGCUGCCCUGUGCAUUCGAGGAUGUUGAACAGCCUCCCUGGCCUCUACGCGUAGAUGCCAAUAGCACCCCAUUAAGUUAUGACAACCACCAGUAUCUCCAGACGUUGCAAAUAUCCCCUGGUGGGCAGUUGAGAACCUACUACUCUAGAAGAUCAUCGUCCCUGAGAAAAUAAUCUGCUCCCCAUACUCUCCUGACACUUGCCCCUGCCCCAUUUUCUACCAUCUGCUCAGAUUUCACCAGGAAGCAAGUUCUUUCAUCAGUAGGAAACCCACCAGGGUAGCCUUCCCCAAGUGCCACCCAGGGAGGGACUGCCUUUCAUCUUGUUGCUGUGGAGGGGAUGGGACUGCCAGGGCCUCCCUGGGCACCCUGCCCAGUCUCAGCCCUAGUUGUGAUAACAGCCCUAGAGAUUGUGACACUUGUAGAGCACUGACACCAGCAGCCCACAGAAUGAGAAGGAAUACCUUUGUCCCAGCAGAGAUUUAUAUCAAAGUUCAAGGUGAGGCUACCCUCCCUGAGGCUGACAUUGGUAGAGGGUAUGGUCAUCUUGUGGUGUCAAGAUUUUGAGCAUGGGCUCUGGAGUUAAGAGUAGCCUAAGUUAGGAUCAUACCUCUCUUCCCAGCUCUAUGGCCCUGAGCAAAUCAUUUGACCUCUCUGAACCUCAUAUCGCUUCUGUAAGGUAAGGGAACCUAAUGUUUAAUUGCCAGGGCACUCAACAUGGUUUAUAAAUAAUGGAUGUUAAGGCUACUGGCUUUGGAAUCCAACAGACUUUGUUCCAGCCACUUGAUUAGCUGUGUAAUCUUCGGGAAGUUACUUAACUUCUCUGAGCCCAUUUCUCUUAUCUGUCUCUGAGGCUCAUAACAAUAUCUACUGCCAGAUGAUCAUGAGGGUGCAGUGUGAUGAUAUAUGUAAAGGACUUCAUACAGUGCUGACACAUAGUAGAUACUUGAUAAAUAUAGUUGUUGUCACCGUGAUCGCCUUCAGCUUCACACGGCAUGUAGAAGAAAUUAGGAGGGGGACCUGGGUGGCUCAGUUGGUUAAGUAUCCAACUUCAGCUCAGGUCAUGAUCUUGCAGCUCGAGAGUUCAGGCCCCACACUGGGCUCACUGCUGUCAGCGCAGAGCCCGCUUUGGAUCCUGUCCCUCUCUCUGCCCUUCCUCCUCUUGCACUCUAAAAAAUAAGUAAAACAUUUAAAAAAGAAGAAGAAGUGGGGCACCUGGGUGGUUCAGUCAGUUAAGCGGCUGACUUCGGCUCAGGCCGUGAUCUCACGGUUCAUGAGUUCAAGCCCCGUGUCAGGGCUGUGCUGACAGCUCAGAGUCUGGAGCCUGCUUUGGAUUCUGUGUCUCCCUCUCUUUCUGCCCUACCCCUGCUUGAGCUCUGUCUCUCAAAAAUGAAUAAACAUUUAAAAAAAUAAAUAAAAAAUAAAGAAGAAGAAGAAGAAGAGAUUAGGACCCGGGACCCAAUGAGGUCACAGAUGCGGACCAAGGCACUCAGCCAGCAACCCCAAAAGCAACGAAGACAUCAAAUCCUUUGGCCUCUGGACAGGCUGACACCAUGCUUUGAGGACAGGAACACCACACUGUUCCCGUUCUGCAUGGGUGCUGCUGAGGACUGAGGAGGUGGGUGGGUAAGAUGAGGACAGUUGUCAUCCCUGCCUGGGGUCAGAAAAUUGCCUGGAGCUGACCUUUUACUCACGUAUUCGUGAGACGUUUAUUCACCCAGGCCCUGGCGAUACAACAGUGAGCAAAUCAGCCGGUAGCCCUCUGCAGCUGAAAGGCUGCUACCCCACCGUUCACAGAAAGAGACCGCAAGCCAAUACAAGGCUUUAAACUUGCUGUUAGCCACUUCAGUGAAAGCAGAAAGAAACAAGUGAAAUUAACUUUAAUAGCAUAUUACCGUAUAUUUAGCCUAAUGGACCUAAAAUAUUAUUUCAGUAUGUAAUCAUUAUUUCUAAAUUAGUGAGAUUUUACAUUGCUCUCUUCAUGCCAAGUCUUCAAAACUCAGUGUGUAUUUUAUACGCACUACAGCACAUUUCAAGGCUUGGUGGCCACAUGUGGUAAGUGGCUGCUGUACUGGAAAGUCCAGGUUUAGAAGAAGGGCAGACUCACUACGUCACAAUACAAGAUACAGGAUGCUGCAGGAGACCAUAACGUGGACCUGAUCGGUCAAAGGUCAUAGACAGCCUCCCUGCAGCAGGAACACAUAAGGCAAGUCAUAAAGGAUAGAUAGAAAUUGUAAAGGUGAAACUGAGCGUUUAGGGGGAGAGUACCCUAGGCUGGGAGCAGCUUAUGUGAAGGAUCAGGGCCAGGACACCUGGCUGGUUCAGUCAGCAGAGUGUGCAACUCUUGAUCUCAGGGUUGUAAAUUCAAGCCCCAUAUUAGGUAUAGAGAUUACUUGAAAAAAUAAAACCUUUUUUUUAAAAACAGGA